AUGAUAAAGAAAACUUUCAAAAGCGAGAUAAAUAUUGAUAUCGAAGAAAAUGCAAUAAACAAUUUAUACCGAUUAGGUAAAAGAAGUAUCCAAGGUAACAAACCGAGGCCAGUCUGCUGUUCUUUCGUAAACGGAUGGAAAAAGAAUGAGAUAGUAAAAAAUAAAAAAUAUCUUAAGGAGAUAUAUGUCACCGAAGAUUAUCCAAAGAAUGUAAUGGCCAAAAGGAAGGUGUUACAGGCGGAGUUGAUUGAAGAAAGGAAGAAGGGUAAAAUAGCGUAUUUGAAAUAUGAUAAGCUUAUAGUGAAGGAAAUGGACACAACUAACGAAAAAAGAAAAAGGGAAACUUCUUCUUCACCGCAUUCUUCAGACUUUCAACCUAAAAAACAGCAAGCCACCGUACCAUCUAAGGCCAAUAGAGCCAACGCAUUUGACGUGAUGAGAAUGAGAUCGAACUCUCUUACUAACGUCCUUACAAACAAGCAACAGUAG